GAUGAAAUGUCCACGUUACCGUGCAGGCCAUCAACCAAUCAAUUGAAACAUGUCCCAAACUUCAUCGUCUACUGCAAAACCUUCACAUUCGGGCCCUGUAUUUGACCAGCAGCCUCAGCCAUCCGAUUCGCAAAGUCGCAUACCAGUUACGCCUGCGCUGUUGAGGUCAAUUUUCGCUUCUUCCCGUAGUUCACUGGAAGAACGUUCUAUUUCGAGGCUGGCUUUUUUCAGAUUUGCUGGAUUUCUAUUGAGUUGCCUCGGAAUUAGCUUGGCUGCGGCUCGGGGGAGAGGAAUUAAAAGCGGUGCUGCGUUAUUGGGUGUUGUAUGAGCCAGUCAUCGUGCAAAUAAAUAACGUGCAAAUAAGAUAAAGAUUUCACCACCGGAAUACAACCUUACAUCAUAUCUACAAGGCCUCUUUGCGGAGAUACUACAGCUACUAUCUUACUGGAGAGGUUGAACACACUACCCCCAUCGAAGGCAACAAGAUCGGCGGACUCCGGUUCUAUCCCUUUCACGCCCAAUAGUUGUUCCAGGUUUAUUGUAGCAAGACCAUACACUUCUCGGGCAGUCGCUGAGGAGACGGAGUCAUGAUAUGCCCGAGCUAGUUGAAACCGAGUUUCAGUAGCCAGCUGAGGAUGGUUGACACCCACGCCAACUACCACUCCACUAUCUAACAGAAUACCUAGCGUCGUUUGGUUCGUCAGAGGUGAUCCUGGUAAACUAGUUGUAAAACGAAUAGUUUUAGCAACAAUGAAACAAUGAAUGAGUAUCAAUACCUACAUCCUUCUCUGGUCCCAGGUAGC